AUGCCAGACCUCACCUUGCAAGAGAUUGAGGAGAAGGUGAUGGCGGCGAAGCCCUGGAAAGCGCCUGGUGAGGAUGGCCUUCCUGCGAUCGUCUCAUCGCUCCGAGAGGGCGUCGUGCCUCAUCAAUGGCGAACGGCCAAGAUCAUCCCUCUGAGGAAACCAGAUAAAGGAGACUACACCCUGGCCAAGGCGUGGCGACCGAUUUCUCUCCUGUCGACGCUUGGCAAGAUUCUGGAGGCAGUCGUCGCGGAACGUAUCAGCUAUGCAGUCGAGGCUCAAGGGCUUUUGCCCGCGAACCACUUUGGUGCACGGAAGCGCAGGUCCGCAGAUCAAGCACUCGUGCUUCUGCAGGAGCGAAUCUACAAGGCCUGGAGAACGGGCAGAGUGCUCAGCCUCAUCAGCUUUGACGUCAAAGGCGCAUACAACGGAGUGUGCAAAGAGCGAAUGCUCGAAAGGAUGAAAGCCCGAGGCAUCCCGAGUCGACUGGUCAAUUGGAUAGACGCAUUCUGCUCGGGACGGACCGCGUCGGUGGUUGUCAACGGGCACACAUCCGAGCAACAAACCCUGCCGCAGGCCGGCCUACCCCAGGGAUCUCCUCUGUCGCCAGUGGCUUUUCUUUUCUUCAACGCAGACCUGGUGCAAAGACGGAUCAAGUCAAACAGAGAUGGUAUCCAGUCGAUUAUCGAUGAUGCGCUUGAUUGGGAGAAGCGCAGCGGCGCCACAUUUGAAGCAGAGAAGACAUCCUUCAUCCACUUCACACGCAUCGCGGAGCGUGACAGCGACCUGCCUCUCAUCAUCAAAACGAUGUCAAGCCGAAGAGAACACAUCGCCAGAGCGGCCGCCAAGGGGCUGGCCGCGGCCAUGUGUUUGAAACGACUGAAGAUGGCUUCGCCACGGGUGGCGAGGCAACUGUUCGUCGCGACCGUGGCGCCAGCCAUGGACUAUGCCUCAAACCGAAUCGGAGCCCAGGCUGUCACGGGAGGCUUCCGCACGGUGGCAACGGCAGUGGCCGAGGCCGAGGCCGGCGUGCAAUCGUUCCGAGAACGGCAUGCUCAAGCGGCAGCGAAAUUCUGGAUAAGGAUGCGGACGCUCCCGAAGACGCAUCCUCUGACAUCGUUGAGGCUCAAACUGAACAGGAGGUAUGCGUCGCCAAUGCAGAAGCUCGCCUCGGCGAUGGGAAGAAUAGAUACCAAGCGCCUGGAAGUCAUCCACGAGUUCGCACUGGCGCCGUGGGACGAACGAGUGCAGGCAACGGAUGAGACAGACCGAGUGGAGGUGCUGAAGUCGGAUGACCCGGAGGACAUCACUAUUGCGACGUCCAGCUCGCAAAGGAAAGGCAAGGUCGGGUUGGGAGGCGUCGUUCGGGAUGCUUCCCGCGACAGCGUAGACGAAGUGCUGGCCAGCUACUCCGUCACUCUCGGCUCCAGUGAUGAGCAGAAUGCCUACACAGCAGGACUCGAGGCAAUCGCCACGGCUCUGAGUCAUCGGGCGGCCACGGCAACAGUCUGGCUGCAGAGUCAGACUUCGUUGGGUGCCUGCAAAGAAUGA